AUGUCUUUAUCUAUAGGCCACUGGACCAUUGAUGGCUCGUUGGGACCAUUGUUCGUCGGGUUGGUCCUCGCCUCUUGCCUGUACGGCGUCACUACCUUUCAGACAUAUAUCUACUUCGCUCACAGCUCUAUCGACAAAAUGGCGAUGAAAAUCCUGAUAUUUCUGCUAUGGAUCCUUAACACGUUACGUCUUGCGAUGGUGUCAUACGCGGCGUACACGUAUAUGGUUACGGACUUCACGAACAUAUUCGCGAUUCUGAAACCAACUUGGGCUAUCUUCCCUUCCACGGUUGUUACAGUGGGCCUCAAUAAUGCAGUUGUGCGAGGAGUCUUCUGCUACAGGGUUUGGCGUCUGAGCGGAAGAAAUUGGUGGCUCGCGUCAGCGAUCGCUCUUACUAUUCUGACAGCGUUUGGUGCAAAUACCGCAUAUGCCGUCAUAUCUUCCGGCUUCCAAACCUGGUUCGACCUCCCCAAGGUUUCUUGGUUGCUCUCCUUCGCGUUCGCAUGCAGCAUGGCGGCGGACAUUCUCAUCUCCGCCUCGCUCUGCAUUCUAUUGGCGAUGCGAAAGACAGGUCAUGCGAGAUCGGACGGUAUCUUACGGACUCUGAUAAUAUACGCAAUAAACAACGCAGUCAUCAGCACCGCCUGUGCUCUGGCUUGUCUCAUAACAUACUUGACUAUGCCCGACAAUUUCAUAUUUCUAUCUGUGUAUCUGAUAUAUCCGGAAUUGAUCCUGAAUGCGCUUCUGGCGACGUUUAACGGGCGGCCUGCUCUCCAGAGGAAGAUGAAUAUGAUGACGGUUACGGUUCAACCCGCAGUCUUAGACUCGGCCCAGUCCAGGCGUGACACUCAUGCGAAGAGAAAGACCAAGGACGUCAACAUCACGGAACUCGGAGACCCAGUGGAUACUGAGGUAUCGGACAAGGUCUACUACUGA